AUGAAAGCGCUCUGGCCGAGGGGGGCAAGGAAGCGGUUCAAGACGGCGGCGGCGAGGGCGCAGAGAGAGGCCUGGCCGAGCAGGAGAGGGGUGGUGGAAGAGAAAGGGCUCUCGCCGAAGAAUACUCCUCUGCUCCACCGGGUUUGCUGUUCCUGCUCGAAGCAUAUCGUCCCCGCCCGGAUCGGAGAUCCGCUCAUCCUCGCAUAUGACGGCGGGAAUAAAUUAGGUCAAAAAUUGGAUGACGGCAGAAGGAGAAACCUUUUUGAUCCGAGAGAAGAAAAGGAAAAGCCCCAAAAAAAUGAGAGAAAAAAAAAAGAUAAAAGGAAGAUAAAAAGUGAAGAAGGCAUACGUAAUGAACAUUGGAUACUGGGAAGCGACAUUAAAGCCCUGAAGGCUCUCCAUGGCAGCCAAGGCCCAAGAGUCGUUUUCAUAUUCUACAAAGGCAAUACCCGGCUUUGCUUCGAUCAUACGAACUUCUCUGUAGCCUUCAAACCUGUUGAAAACCUCUUCGAGAGUGAGGCUAUUUGUUUGUGGCGGUAG